AUGAAUCCAUUCGAUGAGUCUGAAGACUCGCCCUUUAAAGAGACGCACCCUAUGCUACCCAAUGCAGCAUUUACCAGUGACAGGACAUCUCCUCGCAGGUUUCACAAUAUAGAAAGUUACGAGGAUGAAGCUGACCAGAACGACUUCAUUGCUUUUCCUCAAUCAAUGCAAAACAAUCAAAGACAGUCUCCUAAUAUUUUCACUAGAAGUGCCGCCCGUGUGAAGCCUUCGGUUGCAAGAACACCUCUUGAGAAUACCCCCAAUCUUCAAUACGGCAAUGGAACUGCCAGAGCACAUUUCACUACUAGAGAGUCACCCAAGCGCCAAAAGAAGACUGAAAUUACAAUUGAUGAUGAGUAUGAUGGUAGUUCAAGCUUGGAUGGAUCACCCGGACGUUCAAACUUUGGAGGCAGCUCCACCAGAAGUGGAAGGUUUCUUGAACCACCUCAACCAAUAUUUUCCCCAGAAACAUUUGCGGAGGCAAAUACUCACGAUGACCAGGACACCAUUACCGACGAAAAACGGGAUAGCUAUGACUAUGACUCGUAUGAAAAGGCCCGUGAGAUUGAAGAAAGAUCAAUGUACUCUGAAUCAACCGCGUACAGUGGAUCAUCUUAUGUUUCGGAAAUACCAAAUCAUGAGAGUCAAUAUUUCAGUGAGUCCAUUGAUGGCAACAUCAUGAACAACAUCAGCAACGGCUAUCAACCAAAAAGGGAGAAAACUAUUUCAAAACGUAAAGUGAGAUUGGUUGGUGGUAAGACCGGAAAUCUUGUUUUAGAGAAUCCAGUGCCAGAAGAAUUAAGAAAAGUAUUAAGUAGGACUGAAUCGCCCUUCGGUGAAUUUACACAUAUGACAUACACUGCAUGCACUUCGGAGCCAGAUGACUUUGUCAAAGACGGCUUCAACUUGAGAAGUGGAAAAUAUGGAAGGGAAACCGAAAUUGUUAUUUGCAUCACUAUGUAUAACGAAGAUGAAUAUGCAUUUGCUAGAACAAUGCAUGGUGUUAUGAAAAACGUGGCUCAUUUGUGCUCAAGGCACAAGUCAUCCAAAUGGGGUAAAGACUCAUGGAAGAAAAUUCAAGUGGUAAUCGUUGCUGACGGUAGAAAUAAAGUUAAUGAAUCGGUUUUACAAUUAUUGACAGCUACAGGAUGUUACCAAGAUAACUUAGCCAGACCAUACGUGAACAAUAAAAGCGUGAAAGCUCAUCUUUUUGAAUACACCACACAGAUAUCAAUUGAUGAAAACCUCAAGUUUAAAGGUGAUGAAAAAAACUUGGCUCCUGUUCAAGUGUUGUUUUGCUUGAAGGAACAAAACCAGAAAAAGAUCAAUUCCCAUAGAUGGCUUUUCAAUGCAUUCUGUCCAAUUUUAGAUCCCAACGUCGUGGUUUUGUUGGAUGUUGGUACCAAACCAGAUAACCAUGCGAUUUAUAACUUAUGGAAAGCUUUUGAUCGCGAUUCUAACGUUGCGGGUGCAGCGGGAGAAAUUAAGGCUAUGAAGGGAAAAGGUUGGAUAAAUUUGACUAACCCUUUAGUCGCCUCUCAAAACUUCGAAUAUAAAAUGUCUAACAUUUUAGAUAAACCAACAGAGUCAUUAUUUGGUUACAUUUCCGUGUUACCGGGUGCAUUGUCAGCGUACAGGUAUAUUGCGUUGAAAAAUCAUGAUGAUGGUACUGGACCAUUGGCAUCCUAUUUUAAAGGUGAAGAUUUGUUGCGGGAUGGACAAGAUAAGCAGAACAACAAAUCAAACUUCUUCGAAGCUAACAUGUACUUAGCCGAAGAUCGUAUCUUGUGUUGGGAACUAGUGGCCAAGAAGGAUGAAAACUGGGUUUUAAAAUUUGUGAAACUGGCAACAGGUGAAACAGAUGUUCCUGAAACUAUAGCCGAAUUUCUCUCCCAGAGAAGACGUUGGAUCAAUGGUGCAUUUUUCGCUGCAUUAUACUCAUUGCGCCACUCAAACAGAAUUUGGAAGACUGAUCACUCAUUUGUAAGAAAAUUCUUCUUGCACGUCGAAUUCGUAUACCAAUUCAUCAAUUUGGUCUUCUCAUUCUUCUCCUUGAGUAAUUUCUAUCUUACAUUCUACUUUUUAACUGGUUCCUUAAUCCACAACAAACACAUGGGUCAUAAUGGUGGGUUUUGGGUUUUCACAAUUUUCAACUACCUUUGCAUUUGUGUGUUGACUUCCUUAUUCGUUGUUUCCAUUGGUAACAGACCACAAGCGUCGACUUUGAUCUUCAAAACAUUAAUAAUCAUCUUGACGAUCUGUGCAUUAUAUGCCUUAAUUGUCGGGUUCUAUUUUGUUUUCAGUACUCUUGAGAACUUCGGUCUUGGUGAAUCCUCAACGUACGUCAUGGUAAGCAUUGUUGUUUCUUUAUUGGCAACCUACGGAUUGUACGCCUUGAUGUCAAUCUUGUACUUAGACCCUUGGCACAUGUUGACUUGCUCCGCGCAGUAUUUCUUGAUGAUUCCCUCGUACACCUGUACAUUACAGAUUUUUGCAUUCUGUAACACUCACGAUGUUUCAUGGGGAACCAAAGGUGAUAACAAUCCAAAAGAGGACAAGAGCAACCAAUAUAUCAUUCAAAAGAAUGAUAAAGGCGAGUUCGAAGCAGUGGUGGUAGAUGUUAACGUGGAUGAGUUAUACUUGGAAACUUUAUACAAUAUCAGAGCUAAAAGAUCCAGCAAAAAGGUUUCAUCCAAUGAGACAAAAUCUACCCCAAUGGAUGGAGAAGAUUACGCCAAAGAUGUCCGUACGAGAGUUGUCUUGUUAUGGCUCCUUGCAAACUUGGUGUUUAUUUUGACCAUGUUACAAGUGUAUGAACCUGGGGAAACGAAGCAGAAUGCUUACCUUGCGUUCAUUUUGUGGACGGUGGCACUCUUAUCUCUCUUCAGGGCAAUUGGCUCAUUUGGUUACCUUAUUCAAAACUCAGCGAGAUUUUUUGUUGAAGCAAAGAGCAAAUGGAGCCAUAAAAGAGGUCAAGGUUAUUCUUUGCCCGGAACCAACGCAUUAAACUAA